UGACGCUAAUUCCAACACCAUAUUGUACUCUCCCCGUCAAACACGUAACGCCGUUCUUAUAAACACCGUUACUUUCCCGUUUGGCCCAUCUCGGCCCAUUUCACACUCGUUACUAGUCGCUCCAAGGUCUUCUUCAAUACAACGCACUCUUUCUCUCUCUAACACAAACCAUUCUCUCUUUCUCUCUCUAUAACUUUCUCUUUCUCAGUUUUUUCUUCUUUUUCAGAUUCUGUUCUUACUAAAUAUUUCAUCAAUCUCGCAUUGAUGUCGGAAAAGGGUCGUCCACUACCCAAAUUCGGUGAAUGGGAUGUCAAUGAUCCAGCCUCAGCUGAGGGGUUCACAGUGAUUUUUAACAAGGCAAGGGAUGAGAAAAAGACAGGUGGCAAUACCGAGUCACCUGGAAAGACCGCCACUGAACCUCAAAGCAAACCUGCAUCCGAUCCCGGCAAACCUCAGAGUAAAAAAUGGUUUUGCUGCAUACAAAACCCUCCUGCAGAGUCAUAACAAUGCAGCGGCUCAGGUGAAAUAGAACAAAGAUGUUUAUGUGUAACUAGCUCCAGAGUAUUUUCUGAAAGAUAGAAGCUGUAAAAGUGAGCUGCAAUGGGGAAAGCAAAGAAGAGAAAGUAUUAUUUAUAUAUAAGUGUGUAUCAGUGUUGUGGUUUAUGAUUAGGAUUUAAGGUUCUUGUUUUGCCUUGUAUUAUGAGCUAGAGCGUUGCUUGUCACACUGCACUCCUUGUAUUAUCAAACACUAAUCCUAUUUUAUUAAUGCAUUUUAUUCCUUUGA